AUGGCAUACAAGAUGCUGGGACACAGGGAGCUGGAGCAGGCGUCUGGACGGCCGUAUUUUUCCUCGUACUGGGACAGCCUCUUUGAUCUGUACGUGCUCGUCACCACGGCCAACCAUCCCGACAUCAUGAUGCCUGCGUUCAACGAACAUGUGGUGUACGUAGCGUUCUUCGUGGCGUUCUUGGUGCUUUGCUACUUCAUUUACAUGAACGUUGUGCUGGCAGUCGUCUACAACAGCUACAAACGGCAACUCAAGACUGAGGUGCUGGAGUCGUUCAUGAGUCGCCAGCAGCAACUGCAACGCGCGUUCGAAUUGCUCGCACACAAGAGUCCCAACGGGCGCAGUGUGGUGUGCAGUGGAAGGUUCGCGCAGUUGCUUCUGGAGCUGCCGCAGCGACGUAGCCCGGCGCUCGUCGCCGUUCUAUUCACCGUACUCGAUCAGGACAACUCCAACUCCCUAGAUCGCGUGGAAUUCCGGAGGCUGGCAGAUCUGCUGUCCGUGGAGGUGUCUGAGAUUCAGUCACAGUCACGCUGCCUUCGGACGGUUGCUCUGUCGCUGCCGCGCUGUAGCCGCUCACUCACUUCUCUUGUUAACAACAGUUCGCUUCACUUUGUAAAUGUUAAUUCAAGCCAUAAAUUGUCCANCACCGUGCUGAUAUGCCAUCUCGGCCUCGCCAUCGUCGAGGAGCCUGCCAUGCCAGGAUGUCACCUGCCUUUCUGG